UGGCAGAUCGCUGUUUGAAGUAGUUUGAAUGCUGUAUCGGCUGUAUAAUCCACGUCCACGUGUACAUUAGUAUAGAGUAAGGAAAACGAUUUCUAAUAUUUAAUAAUGGUACUGGAUUUAGAUCUGUUUCGAAAAGAUAAAGGUUUCGAUCCAGAAAAAAUACGUGAAAAUCAAAAGAAUCGUUUCAAAGAUGUAAAUUUAGUGGACACGGUAGUUGAAAAGGAUAAAGUUUGGCGUCAGUUGCGACAUAAAGCUGACAAUUUCAACAAAUUGAAAAAUGUGUGUAGUAAGGAAAUUGGAGAAAGAAUGAAAAAAAAAGAAGCAACUGGCUGCGAUAGUACUGUUCCAGACGAUAUUCUUAGAAAUCUGGACAAUUUAACGUCCGAUAACCUGAAAUCAUUAACGGUUGCACAGAUUAAGAGUAUCCGUAGUUGUAUCGAUGACGCCAUUACGAAGAACGACAAAGAUUUGAUUUUGACAGGAUUGGAAAGGAACCAUGCUCUCAAAGAAAUAGGAAAUUUUUUACAUCAGUCUGUACCGAUCAGUAAUGAUGAAGACGAAAACAAGAUUGAGAAGACUUAUGGAGAUUGUACGCAGAGCAAGAGGUACUCGCAUGUUGAUUUAAUCCACAUGAUUGAUGGAAUAGAUGGCGAACGUGGCACUAAUGUAUCUGGCGGACGUGGUUACUUUUUAACUGGGCCUGCAGUGUUCUUGCAACAUGCAUUAAUACAGUUUGCUCUUAGACAAUUGCAUACGAAAGGAUAUAAGCCACUUUAUACACCUUUUUUCAUGCGCAAAGAUGUUAUGCAAGAAGUAGCUCAGUUGUCUCAGUUUGAUGAAGAAUUGUACAAGGUGAUUGGCAAAGGCAGUGAACGGAGCGACGAUAAAGAAGUAGAAGAAAAAUAUUUAAUUGCUACAUCUGAACAACCAAUAGCUGCGUUUCAUCGAAACGAGUGGAUUCCUGAAAGUGCCUUGCCAAUUAAGUAUGCCGGAUUGUCGACAUGUUUUAGACAAGAAGUUGGUUCCCAUGGACGUGACACAAGAGGCAUUUUUAGAGUCCAUCAAUUCGAGAAAGUGGAACAAUUCUGUCUGACAUCUCCCUAUGAAAAUAAAUCUUGGCAAAUGAUGGAAGAAAUGAUCUCGAACGCAGAACAAUUUUACCAAGCUUUGGAAAUUCCUUAUCGUAUAGUAAAUAUAGUAUCGGGUGCACUGAAUAACGCUGCUUCCAAAAAGUUGGACCUGGAAGCAUGGUUUCCAGGAUCCGGUGCCUUUCGCGAGCUUGUAUCGUGUAGCAACUGUUUAGACUAUCAAGCAAGACGUUUACUAGUCAGGUAUGGUCAAACUAAGAAAAUGAACGCCAGUACAGAUUAUGUACACAUGCUGAAUGCAACAAUGUGCGCAGUCACACGUGUUAUAUGCGCCAUCUUAGAAGUGCAUCAAACCGAUUCGAGCAUUAAAAUUCCGAAAGUUCUCGCACAAUUUAUGCCACCCGAAUACGAAGAUGAAAUUCCGUUCGUUAAGUCAGCCCCUAUCGACGAAGCAGAAAUUAAAAAAACAAAAAAGACAAAGGAUCAAAAGGAUAUCAUUUUAGCUUAAUUAAAUUGUUUUAUCCGUCAGUUUGGAACAACAUAAUAUGUACAAUCUUGAUGAAAUCAGCUGCGAUUAAUCGAUAAUAAUCAUUCAAUUUCUAUUUAAAAUCGAAUAACGCUUUUCUCUUAAUAUUCGUUUUCUUUUAAAUUAUGCAUAUGCAACAGCAGCAGACUCCAGUAACUGUCCAUUUGUAUUUAUAAAACCGACGUAAUUUUGGUACUCAGGUACACACUUGUAAUCAUAUAAUAAAUGAAGCAGAAAGAACGGUAUAAUGUGUGCACAUUAUUG